GUACCUCUCAAGCACCAAGCUCACCGGCUCCCUGCCAGCCACCAUGUCUCGCCUCACCUGCUUACAAGAAAUAACUCUCAGUUUCAACACUUUGUCAGGCUCCAUCCCAGAAGGCAUUGCUGACCUGGCUGCCCUCUCACUCCUAUCUCUUCACAAGAACAAAAUUACCGGCGCAAUGCCGACAUCCAUCGUCCGCCUCACCAAUCUCACCUUGUU